UGAAAAUGUCAUUGAUCAAUUUCUGUUGACCGCACCACAUCAUCCCCACAAUGUCUGACUUCACGACGCUCCAAGUGCACGCCGGCCACGAAGGCGGCGAGCCCGGCUCCCGCGCGCGCGCCGUGCCCAUCGUCGCGUCGACGUCGUUCCUGUUCGACAACGCCGACCACGCCGGCAAACUGUUUGGCCUGCAAGAGUUCGGCAACAUCUACUCGCGCAUCAUGAACCCCACCAACGACGUGUUCGAGAAGCGUGUGACGGCGCUGUCCGGUGGCGUGGCGUCCGUUGCCGUGAGCUCGGGCCAAGCCGCGCAAGCACUGACGAUUUUCACGAUCGCGCAGGCCGGCGACAACAUCGUGUCCACGUCGUCGUUGUACGGCGGCACGUACAACCAGUUCAAGGUGGCGUUCCCGCGCCUAGGUAUCAACGUCAAGUUCGCCAACCACGCCGACCCCGCCUCGAUCCGCGCGCUCAUCGACGACAAGACCAAGGCCAUCUACGUCGAGACGAUCGGCAACCCCGAGCUGGAUGUGCCGGACUUUGAGGCCAUCUCGGCCAUCGCCAAGGAGCACGACAUCCCGUUCAUCGUGGACGACACGUUCGGCGCAAGCGGAUACCUCGUGAACCCGAUCAAGCACGGCGCGGACAUCGUCGUUCAGAGCGCGACCAAGUGGAUCGGCGGCCACGGCACGUCCAUCGGCGGCGUGGUCACGGACGCCGGCACGUUCAACUGGGGUAACGGCAAGUUCCCGAUGAUGUCGGAGCCCAGUCCGGGGUACCACGGGUUGAACUUUUGGAAGGUGUUUGGUCCCGGUGGCGUGCUCGGCGCGAACGCGACGUUUGCGAUCCGGCUGCGCGUGGAGAGCCUGCGCGACUUUGGGUCGUGCUUGAGUCCGUUCAACUCGUUCCUGCUCAUCCAGGGCCUCGAGACGCUCAGUUUGCGCGUGGAUCGCGCCUCGGACAACGCGCUGGCGCUGGCGCAGUGGCUGGAGUCGCACCCCAAGGUCGAUUGGGUGUCGUACCCGGGCCUGCCGUCGCACCGAUCGUACGAGAACGCGAAGAAGUACUUGUACCGCCAGAAGUACGGCGCCGUACUGACGUUUGGCGUCAAGGGCGGGCUCGAAGCCGGUCGGUCGUUCAUCAACAGCGUCAAGCUGGCCAGUCAUUUGGCCAACGUCGGCGAUUCCAAGACGUUGGUGAUCCACCCCGCGAGCACCACCCACCAGCAGUUGGUCGAAGAAGAGCAAUCGGCUACUGGUGUGAAGCCGGAUAUGGUCCGAGUGUCUGUGGGCAUCGAGCACAUUGAUGACAUCAAGGCCGACUUGGAUCAAGCGUUGGCUGUUUUUGGCAAGACCGAAGUUCCUGUCCAAGCUUAAGUCUUGUGUUUAGUAUGCGAGUCCUGAGAUCCCUACGGUCGAAGUAGCGCGGGGCCGUCGAUUGUUAGAAAUAGUUUGUUAUCCCUCCACCUUACCUAUGUACUUGAAUAAAGUCAUCCUACUUACAAGAUA